AUGGGUUAUCUUGCCUACGUGAUUGAUAUUGAGGUUAGUGAGCAGAAGUUAGAAGACAUCCUAGUAGUAAGAGAAUUUCCAGAUGUUUUUCCUAAGGAAUUGCCAGGGUUACCACCAGAUAGAGAGGUUGAGUUCUCUAUUGAUAUUUUACCUGGUACUAGCCCUGUUUCCAAGGCUCCUUAUAGGAUGGCCCCAACAAAAUUAAAAGAAUUGAUGGUGCAGUUGCAAGAGUUACUAGACAAGGUUUUCAUGAACUUGAUGAAUAGGGUGUUUCAAUCCUAUCUUGAUCAAUUUGUAGUGGUGUUCAUUGAUGAUAUCUUGAUUUACUCUAAGAGCAAGAUGGAGCAUGAAAAGCAUUUAAGGAUUGUGCUUCAAACGUUAAGAGACCAUAAAUUGUAUGCCAAGUUGAAGAAGUGUGAACUUUGGCUUGCACAAGUUUCCUUCCUUGGGCACGUGAUAUCCAAGGAUGGCAUCUCAAUGGACCCAAAUAAAGUUGAAGCUGUAGUGAAUUGGGAAAGACUGAAGAAUGUUAUUGAGAUCCAUAGUUUCUUAGGUUUGGCAGAAAAAGGGGCUACCCUUGAGUGGGCAAAUGAAUACGAGCGUAGCUUCCAGGAGUUGAAGGAUAAACUAGUUACAGCUCUAGUGCUUACAUUACCUAUAAGCUCUGAGGGAUUCGUGAUAUAUAGUGAUGCCUCUCAUAAGGGCUUAGGGUGUGUUUUGAUGCAUAAUGGAAAGGUUAUAGCUUAUGUUUCGAGACAGUUGAAACCUUAUGAAAGAAACUACCCAACCCAUGAUCUAGAGUUAGCAACCAAAGAGUUGAACCUCAGACAACAAAGGUGGUUAGAGUUGGUUACUGAUUAUGAUUGCUCUAUCGAGUACCAUCCUAGUAAAGCCAAUGUAGUGGUCGAUGCCUUAAGUAGAAAGUCUUCUGGGAAGAUGGCUUGUAUGCUAACCACUCAGAAGCAUAUCCUUAAUGAUUUACAAAAAAUGGGGAUCGAGUUUAGAAUUAGAGGUUUGGGUGGUAGUUGUGCCUAUCUUUCAAUGAGAACUAUACUGUUAUAUGAGAUUAUUGCUUUACAGUAUGAAGACCCGCAAUUGUGCAAGUUGUGGGAUAGAGUGAAGAAUAGAACAGUUCCUAGUUUCCAUAUUGAUGAGAAGGGUAUUCUAAAGCAUGGCACUAGAUUGUGUGUACUAGCAAUUGGAGAGUUAAAGAGGCAGAUUAUGGAGGAAGCUCAUAAUACUCCUUAUACAGUGCAUCUUGGUAGUACAAAGAUAUAUUUGGACUUGAAAACUAAUUUCUGGUGGAGUGGCAUGAAGGCCGACAUUACUAAGUUGAAGAAGUUUGUUCCAAACCUUACACAUGUCUUGGAGUAUAUUCCUCAUCAGAUUCAAGAGGACUUAUCAUAUAAAGAAGUUUUGGUCAAGAUAUUAGAUCAGAAAGAACAAAUCCUACGCAACCAUUCCAUUGGUUAA